GCUAAUUUGCAUUUUUCUCCCAAAAGAACGGGUCGGGACGAAGCACGAGAUGGACGACUCGAGCGCGUUCAGCAUGGACGAGGACAAGCGGGCGUCGCUCCUCGAGUGGCUGCAGACCUUCGCUACCGACGUCGCCGCCCCCGCCGACUUCACAUGGCAGACCCUCGCCGAUGGCAUCUUCCUCGGGCGCGUCGUCAACCGCAUCGACCCGGACUACGUCGACCUCGAGAGUAUCAAGGAAGACAGCGACAUGACGUGGAUCCUCAAGUCGGCCAACUUUAAUGUGAUUGCGCGUGGCAUCGAGACGUUCUACCAAGAGGAGCUCGCGGUGCGCUGCGACGUUGCGGCCUACGUCGACCUCAAUGGCAUCUCCCGGGCGUCGAGCAUGGACAUCCCGACCGAAGUCGAGCUCGGGAAGCUCGCGGCGCUCAUCUUGUACUGCGCGGUCAACUGCGCCGACCGCCAGACGUUUGUCAUGCGCAUUUUGAACCUUGAGCAGCGUGUGCAGCUAAGCGUCAUGAGCCUCAUCGAGCAGCUCACGUCGUUUUUUCCGCCCAUGUCGCCCGCGGGCAGUCGCAGCGGGUCGGCCUUUUCGCCGACGAUGUCCCCAAGCAUUCCCCCACCGGCGGCCGCGGACAUGACGCCCCUUCGUGGCUACAGCCAUGCCGAAACGAGCACCGAGAUGAACGAAAUCAAGGAGCGCCUCAUGACGGCUGAGAGCAAGUGGCAGGACGCCGAGCAAGACAAGCGCCGGAUUACAGAAGAGUACGAGAAGCUCGCGAUCGACUUUGCCGCGACGCGCGCGCGGAUCGUCAACCUCGAGGACGAGAACGGUCGCCUCAACGCCGAGCGCCAGCAAUCGAUCGCGCGCGACAACAAGAAGCUCGAAGAACUCGUGAACGCCGAGAAACACGCGCUGACGAUGGAGCUCCAAGCCAAAACGGACGAGCUCAAUCAGAUUAAGAAGGAGUCGUCGGAGCGCAUGAUGGUGCUCGAACAUGAAGUUCGCCGGCAAGCGGACGAGCUCGAUAUCUCGCGCUCCAAGCUCGUGGCGCUCGCCAAGCUCGAGAGCACGGUCGUCAAGUACAAGCAGAAGCUCGACGAGAUGAACACGAUCAAACAGCACGUCAAGGAGGUCGAGAGCCAGAACUCGUCGUACCUCGAGAAGAUGCUCGACCUGGAAAGCACGAUCAAGACCAUGCCGACGCUCAAGCUCGCGAUCGAAAAGUACAAGAACCAAGUCGUCGAGCUCGAGACGGCCAACGUCGAAAUCAUGUCGUCGCUUCAAAUCAAGGAGCACAAGGUGCGUCAGCUCCAGGAAGAGCUCGAGACCGCGAUGCACGGCAAGGAGUUUCUCGAGCACCAGCUUGAGGAGCUGCGCUCGAACGUCCCGGACGAGGACGGGAGCGACAUGGGCAUGUACACGAGCGCAGCCGACGUCUUGGGCGGCGGCAUGCCGUUUCGCGAGCAGAUUGCGCGCCUCGAGCGUGAAAAUAAAGUGCUCAAGGAGCAACUCAACGCGAUGCCGCAGAGCAGCGAUGCGGCGGCUGCCACGUCGACGGGCCCGAGUGGCGAAGUGCUCUUGCUCCAGCACGAGCGCGACGACGCCUUGCGUAUGAAGGUGGUCUGGCAGGAGAAGGCGCUCGAGAUGAAGCGUCAGCUCGAACAAAUGAGCGAUGCGGCCGCGCCGUCGUCAUCGUCGGGUGCGGCGCCACCGCAGCACGUCGCGCACCUCGAAGCCGCGAACGCCAAGUUGCUCUCGCAGCUCCAGGCGCACGAAGAACAGGCGCGGAAGCUCACCAACAACAUUGAAGAGAGCGACUCGCUCCGUGCGACGAUCGGCGAACUCACCAACCGACUGAAGGAGAAGGAGACGACGAUCAACAACUUGUCGCAGGACAAGGAAAAGCUCGAGACGUACACGAAGAAGACGCUGCACGCCGUGCAGAGCAAGUACAUGGUCGCGAUGAGCACGCACCGCAACCAACUGGCCGAGAAGCAGGCCAAGGUCGACCUCCUCGAGUCCAAGCUCAAGGACCUCAAGUCGAUCCAGAAGCGCGAGCAAGCGCUGCUCAUGUCGUCGUUCUACGAGAUUGGCGGCGAAAUGCAGCGGAGAACCAUGAUGCCCCAGCAAGCAACGCAGGGCGCCGCGGCCUCGGCCGCCGCGAGCCAAGUGCCACCCCUCGCCGCGUGGCUCCCCAACAAGCGGUCCGACAACCGGACGGCCAAGCGCCAGACCUAGGCAUUCGCCCUUGGGCGUCGUAACCCGCUUGCAUGAAUCAACCAUAUAAAACGUCG